UGGAUCCGUCCUAGAAACAUUAUUGCUUUUUUGGAUUAGUUUGUGAAAUUUUGAAUGUAUUCUACUAUUUCAAACUAACAUGUUAGUUGGGUAAUUCACAGUCAAAUUCAUUUUGUACUCGUCAACUAUGACUACUAUGCUUAAUUGAGGAAUUGUAGACCCAUUUGCUUUCCAAGAUGGAGGGAGCAACCAAGAACGUCUUACUUUCUUCCGGUGGGGAUGAGAUCUCCAAGAAUCUGGCUCUUCAUCUUGCCAGAAGGGGUUGCAGAUUAGUUUUGAUUGGAAAUGAGUGUGUUCUUCAGAGCAUGAGUAAGAUGAUAGCGGAAUCGUUAAAGGGUGUACUGCCAAUUGAGGUUGUUGGGUUGGACAUGGAAGAAGAGAGAGAGGCGGCUUUUGAUGAGGCUGUGAACAGGGCAUGCAGUGUUUUGGGAACUUUGGAUGCUUUCGUCCAUGCUUAUUCUUAUGAAGGUCCCAUACAAGAUGCUUUACAACUAUCUGAAGAGGAAUUCAAAAAGAUUGUUAAGAUAAAUUUGAUGGCCUCAUGGUUUCUGAUGAAGGCUGUCUGUCGAAGAAUGCGAGACCAGAAAUCAGGAGGUUCAGUAAUUUUCUUAACCACCUUAAUUGGUGCUGAGAGGGGAUUGUAUCCAGGAGGAGCUGCAUAUGGAUCGUGCUCAGCAGGCUUACAGCAGUUAGCUCGAACUUCAGCUCUGGAUGUUGGAAAGUAUAAGAUCAGGGUCAAUGCAAUCGCUCGUGGAUUGCACCUGGAUGAUGGAUAUCCUGUAUCGGUGGGCAAGGAACGUGCAAAGAAGCUAGUCAAGGAUGCAGCUCCGCUAGAAAGAUGGCUUGAUGUCAAGGAUGAUUUAGCUUCAACUGUUAUUUAUCUAAUCAGCGAUGGGUCACGGUACAUGACUGGAACAACCAUCUUUGUUGAUGGGGCACAGUCUCUAGUGAGGCCACGCAUGCGCUCAUAUAUGUAAUCCUUAUACGUGGUGGAUGGUCAGCCUUUGGGAAAGGUGGAUGUAGGCCAUUGUUGAUUCACUCAACCCAUUGUGACCGAAUAAAUUUGAAGUUUAGUGAAAGCAUGUUUGAGUUGAUAGUUUCUCAAAUGCCUUUUAUCUUGUUCAUUUUCAUAGUUGAAGUUAUCUUUUCUCCAAAAUUCCAGAGUUUAUAAAUAGUGAUUUCAAAGUGUAUGAUAAUUACAAUUUUACAAGUGACUGCGAAUGUGCAAAGCGCUUGCUGAGGGGCAAAGCAAAGGAAACAUGCAACAUGAAGUAUGAAGUUUGGUCUAUAUAUAUAGUAGGUAUAGGGAGUCAAAUUGGAGACCUUUUAGUUAAUACAUUUUGUUGAGUUAUGCGUACUUUGACACAAUAUGAGGUUAGUAGCACAUAUCAAAUGCUCUGUGGGAGACAACUUGAUGAAUUUGAGUGAUGUUCUCUGAAAGGCGAACUAGUCCUAUAAUCAAAGCAUAGACUUCAUUUCAUUUGUUAAAA